UUUUGAAAUGCAGAGGGUAAACUCAUGGCCCACCAUCUCACCACUGAAAUACUGCUCUAGGAGUGAUAGACACGUGAGCACAGGUAACAGGUAAAUGCUAACAAACAAGGCAUCGCACCUGUGUCGCUGUGAAAUGCCAACUGUGCAGAAAGGAGCAAAGUGGAGACUUCUGGCCACAUCAGGCCUACGUGGGCCCCGUUGUUCCCCACCAUCUUUCUCCCAGGACUCCCUGUCUUGUUGACCAACCGCACCAUCUCCCUGGAUCGACCCUCACGGGUCAUGGCAUGUCCUGCCCCUGGGUCUGUGGUGGCCUACCUGCCGCUCUGCAGGCCGGGACCCUUCCCCAGUGCAGCCAGCAGACCAGGGCCUGUGAGGUGCGGGGAGUCGGGGGAUUCGCGCCGCUGGGUGUGGCGGGGGCGCCUCGCACAGCUCCCUCUCCUGCUUGGGGCUUCCAGCCCUCUGGCCUUUUCCUGUGGGCACCUUGGCCCAUGUUUCUCUUGGACUGGCUUUUUCUUAUCGAUCUGUCCGUGUUCUUUGCAAACUGGCCAUUGGUCUUACAUGUCAUUUCCAAGUUCACGAACGGCUCUCCGGGCAAUACAGCCUGGGCACAGCGGUUCCUUUCUCCUUCAUUUCUCAAGGUGCAACAUGGAAAGGACCAGGGGGACUGUCCCCAGAGUCCCUGGCUGGGGGACACUCUCUGAGGCCUUCUGCCGUCCCUUCUGAGGCCAGAAAGGUGAAGCACCCCUCUUGCCCCUCCAGGGAAAGGUGGGCAAGGCUGGCCUCCAGGGAAGGGCUCAGACACCUGGAACUUGGCCACCUCCAGCAGUUGCUGUUGAUUAUCGAAAGAUGCUGGAGGCCCCACCCCUGCUGCUGGUAGCCGCCCCGCUGGGGCUGGCGCUGCUGGCGCUGCUGCUGCUGCGGAGACACUGGGGCUUGUGGGUCAUCGUCUGGUACGAGUCCGUCCUGCAGCCUUUCUGCAAUCUGCUCAUGGGCGACACCAAGGAGCAGCGCAUUCUGCGCCACGUGCUGCAGCACGCGGAGCCCGGAAACCCCAAGAGCGUGUUGGCGGCCAUCGACACCUACUGCUCGCAGAAGGAGUGGGCCAUGAACGUGGGCGACAAGAAAGGCCAGAUCGUGGAUUCCGUGGUGCGGGAGUACCAGCCCUGUGUGCUGCUGGAGCUGGGGGCCUACUGCGGCUACUCGGCUGUGCUGAUGGCCCGCUGCCUGUCACCUGGCGCCAGGCUGAUCACCAUCGAGCUCAACCCUGACUACGCUGCCAUCACCCGGCAGAUGGUGGAAUUCGCCGGCCUGCAGGACAAGGUGACCAUUGUGGUCGGGGCAUCACAGGACAUCAUCCCCCAGCUGAAGAAGAAGUAUGAUGUGGACACGCUGGACAUGGUCUUCCUGGACCACUGGAAGGACCGAUACCUGCCAGACACGCUGCUGCUGGAGGAAUGUGGCCUGUUACGGAAAGGGACGGUGCUGCUGGCUGACAAUGUGAUCUGCCCAGGCGCGCCAGACUUCCUGGCACACGUCCGCGGGAGCAGCCGCUUCGAGUGCACACACUAUUCCUCAUACCUGGAGUACAUCGGGACGGUGGACGGCCUGGAGAAGGCCAUCUACGUGGGCCCCAGCAGCCCAGUGCAGCCCUGACUGCCACGGCUCCGGGCUCCCGAGACAAGCCUGCUUCCCACAGGGGUGGUGCAGUGCGCCUGCUAGCUGCACACUUCUGCAGCGCUGGGGGCUGUCCCCACGCACAGCAUGCUCAGGCCCGAGGCCUGGCCGCUCAUAGCUCCAGGCUGUGCUUUUUUAAGAUUCAAUCACCACCUCUUUACUAAAAUCUGCUAGAUAUAACCGUCUCACUUGCUAUAUCAUGCUUUAAAAU